UCGCUACUAAAAACUCUACACUUGAUUACAAACACUACAGAUUAACUAUUGUGCUUUUACUAGUUCAUAUUUUACUAUAUUUUGUUAAAAUUUAUAUUUUACUAAAACAUUAAAGUUGUCAAAAUGCCAACAGACUUGAUUGGUUUCUUAUAUGCUGCCACCGUUGCGGCUGGCGGUAUUGUAGGCUAUGUUAAAGCCGGUUCCAUACCGUCAUUAGGUGCUGGUUUGGCAUUCGGUGCCAUUCUCGGUGUUGGUGCACAUUUCAAUUCACAGGAACCGCCACGUCCGCUCUUGCAAUUGGGUACCGCUGUGACUUUGGCCGGCAUCAUGGGCGCACGUUGGCAACGUUCUGGUAAAUUGAUGCCUGCUGGCAUGAUUUGCAUGAUAUCUGUUGCAGCCAUACUCCGAAAUUUAGUAACUUACAAUCGUUACUUGUUACCAGGAAGACAACAGUAAAUAAGUAUGCACGUUUGCAGUUAAGUGCUGGCAGAAAAACUUGCCGUUUUCAUACUCACACAAUAUCUUGCUGAGGCGUUUAUAUAUUUUGUUUAUAAUUAAUAUAAUUAGUUAUAAACGCUAACAAAUGAACUUAGUUGUCACAUUCUAUUAAACUUGGUAAUUGGUUAAUUGAUUAGGAGUUUGUACUUUAAAAUUUGAAAUUUUUAUUAUAAUUUUACAAUGGUAAUAAAGAUUUUAACAUUUUUGCUUGUUAUAUUUAAUAUAAUUUUUUCAUUCAUUGUACUUUGAGUUAAGACUUUCUCAUUAAACUAAAGGUGCAAUUUUUUAAACACGAAGACUGUUUAUACUUACAACACAACAGGCACGAAAUCAAAACUCAGUUUAAUUUUUUAUACAAUAUUUGCUUUAUUUAAAUUGUACUGUCAAUUAAUUGAAUCAACAAUUCACACAUUUGUUGUGAAAGCGGCAAUGCAAAACAAAUAAGAAUGCCAAUUGACAUAAUGGGCAUUCUGCUGGCCGGCACAUACACCGCGUUCGGCGUUGUGAAAGCUAUGGACAAUGACUCUUUUAUACAAUUGGGCGCAAGUUUCGUUGUUGGUGGUGUUUUAGGUUAUGGUGCAUAUUUGAAUUCAAAAGAUCCGCCACGUCCUUUGUUUCAGUUGUCUACUGAACUUCUGUUGGCCGGCAUAAUGGGCACACGUUAUACAUUCACAAAUGAUGUUAACGAUGCGAUGAUUUACAUGAUCAAAUCGAUAUUGAUGACUUCUUGGGUAGAGGUGAAAGGAUAAGAGUGACUAUUAAGAUACCUGAUUUAAAGAAGGGAUUGGAAUGAGUGCGUAUUUGAAUGGUCAGAAUGGUUGAAUUUCGUCUUCAUGCUGUCUUAUUAACACAUUGAAUAUUAAUUUUCACUUAAGCACAGUAAAAUAAAUGUAUAUAGAAGGAAUUUACUUGGUCUGGUUGAUCUGUAGAAUCAUAUAUAUUGAGUGUGUAUAAAGAUGGCUUACUUAAUCAAGCAUGUUUUGAACGCCAAGAGACAAUAGGUGAUCGAAAAAUGUGUUUAACUCUGGUGAUUUCGGAGUUGGUAAAGAACGGAAUAUUUCAUUUAGCUCGUUCUAUUUAACGGCCAUUCGACGGUUCUUGCGACGGUCGGUCUACAUAACCGGAACGGUCGCGGAGUUUUCUCCAAAGACUGUCAACAAAAUUAUUUGGGUAUUGUUUUAAUGAUCAUCGUCCUUUAAACAGCAUGAUGAUAACCUCUAAUUUCUAAUGUACAAAUAAAAAAUAAACAACAGUUUUUGGAGAUUUUUGUAAUGCUUCCAGCUGCAGAGUUGUUAUCUGCUUCAAUACUUAGGUUAUGCUCGAUGGCUGUUCCCCAAAACGAAACACACUUUGACUAUUAAGGACAGUUCCUUGUGAUGCCAAAAAACUUAAAUUUAAGAAUCGGCAAAGCUUCUUCAAUACUUACUAAUUUGCAUAUUUCCACAAUCAUAACAAUGAAAAAAGUGAUUUAAUACAUAUAAUAUACAGAUGUAUCAAUAAGCAAAUUUUAUUUUCAACAAAGUUUUAAUUUUUACAAACUCUAAAUUUAUGAUUUUCACAUUCUUUCGCAUUUAACUAUAAUUUUAUUUUAAUUAAUAUAUUUAGCUAUAUAUAUGUAUGAAUGUAACAUAUAUAUCCUCACCACGCCUUGCUACCUACAAUGUCAAAUGACAUAACACAUACACAGUAAAUUAGACUUAUUAAAUAUUCACUUAGUGUAUUUGUUUAAUAUGAGUCUACGAUACAAUAAAACUUUACAAUUAAACAAUAUGUCAAUGAAUUGUAUGUGUGUAUGUAUGUGUGUUAUAAGCUGUAGGUACUAAUGAAAUUUUGUUAAUAGCUUUUUCUUCUCAUAUGCGAAGGCGUCUGCUUGCAACUAACAAUAUAUAAUGAAUUUUACAAAAUAUGAGUUAUUAGUUUAUGCGCAAAACCAUUUAUUCAAAUAUAUAUAAUUUAAAUUAAUUAAUUUUCUUUUCUUUUUUUACAUAUAUAUGUAUCUACAUUUAUUCACGCUUAUACAGCUUUUAACAAAUAAACAAACAAAAAAACAUAAAAUUUAUUUAAAAAAUACAAUUAAAUUAAAUAGAAUUAUGCUUUAAUUUACAAAUAUAUAUAUAGAUGUUUUAUUAAUAAUUAAAACCUAAAACAAAACAAUAAAUUCUAACUAUGCUUGUUUUUAAAGUACGUAUGUAAUAUUUAAAUAUGGAUGCACUCAAGUGUGUGUGUGUAUGUUUGAAGGAUGCUUUUAAUUUCUACUUUAACAUUGCAAAUGUUACUGCUCAUACAUAAUUACAUGCUUAAGUACAUAUUUGGGUAGUAUAUGGAUAUGUGUUGGCUGAAAAAUGAAAACGAUUUUGUUUUGAUGUAAUUGCUUAUGCAUGUAUGUGUGGCGCUGUAUGAAUUCAUGCGUUUUUUCUCAUUUAAUUUAAGUUUUAACUGCUUUAACAAAUUUCAUGCAUUAAUUGCAACUAUAUUCUUUCAAAAAAAUGUAAAUGUGAUUAUGCAAAUAUUUGUUUGUAGAAUUUGAAAAUGGCAAUGAGUUGUUCUUUUUAUGUUUUUGCAAGCUGUCUAAUUUAAAUAUACUAGUACGUAAUUCAUUUGCUAAAUAUGUGUUUAUAUCGACAAUAAUAUACGGCUGUUAAUUGUUGUGGUUGUGUUGAGAUGCUCGUUUAUGUGUUACCGCUGCUGUCGCUGCCAGAAUUUGUUGUUGUUUGUAGUAUACGCUGCAUAUUUGUAUUUACUCAAAUUAAAGGCUCUUCAGUUGUAAAAUAUUUAACAAAUAAAACGCGUAGCUGCGUCUACUCAGUCAGCAACGGAACUAAUCUUUACGAAAGGGAAACGCCUUCCAGUUAACCACUGCACAGCGCGCACAUAAAAAGGAAACGGAGAGAAUUAGUAAACGUACAAAAUGCAGGGUAACAUGAAUGAAAGAAAAUCGAAAGUAGUCAGUAAAUGUAAAAUGUGUAAUGUAUUUGAAAUAAUUACGCAAAUCAUAAAAAUAUGUACGAAAAAUAAUAAAAUAAUAACAAAAUAAAAAUUAAAUAAAAAUU